AUGGAGGAUCACAAGAGUACCGAAGUUGAUAAAAUAGACCAUGAAGUCAUAUUACCAGGUUUCAGAUUUCAUCCAACAGACGAAGAACUUAUUGGAUUUUAUUUAAAGAGGAAGAUUCAGCAUCUCAUUCUUCCAAUUGAGCUUAUUAAACAAGUCGAUAUAUAUAAGUACGAUCCGUGGGAUCUUCCAAAUUUGGCCCCAUCCGGUGAAAAAGAGUGGUAUUUUUACUGUCCAAGGGAUCGAAAAUACAAGAACAGUUCACGACCAAAUCGUGUUACAGGAGCCGGUUUUUGGAAAGCUACAGGCACAGACCGACCAAUUUACUCGUCCACUGGUGCCAAGUGCAUAGGUUUAAAGAAGUCGUUGGUGUUCUAUCGGGGUCGAGCUGCAAAAGGUAUCAAAACAGAUUGGAUGAUGCAUGAGUAUCGACUUCCUUCAGUCGUUGAAUCUGAACCAAAUAAAAAGAUUCACGAUAAAAACCUUCCUCCCAAUGAUUCAUGGGCGAUAUGUAAGAUAUUCAAGAAGAUGAAUUCAAUGGCACAACGAGUGAUUUCACAUUCUUGCGCAUCUUCAUUAAACGAAGAUAGAACAUCUGCUUUUUUCUCACGUUCGCACCAGUUCAGUCCCGAUAACAUUUCUUGUAUGACUGACACUGACCAUCUUAAACCAGCAUCCAGUGAUGAUUUUUCUGUUCUUGAAACACUAUUAUACCGACCUACGAACCCAACCACUUGUAAACAGUCUACUAAUUUUCCACUUCCAUAUGUGGAUUUCACUAGCGGGUUCAUGUUUUCAUCAACAGAUGCACCAAAACCACGAGUCUUGGAUAUGAAUGCUGCAAGCAAAAACUAG